AUGGUUCCCUCUGGCGGUGUGGAGGAAAUCCGAGGGGACCAUAACACAGUUGUUCUUACACUUUCAGACUGUAAUAUAACAGAGAAAGGAUACACUGCUCUGGUUAAAGCUCUGAAGUCAAACCGCUCAUCACUGAUAGAGCUGGACCUCAGAGGGAACGACCCUGGAGCAUCUGGACUGAAGGAGCUUAGGAAUUUAAUGAAUGAUAGAAGAUGUAAACUGAAGACACUGAGGGUGUUGAAAAGUCCUGAUGCACAGAAAGCUUCUGAUCAUCUGACUGAAGUUCUGGGUAUAAACCCGAUACUGCAGACGGAUCUGAAUCUGAGUGGGAAAAUAAAAGGAGACUCAGGAGUAGAGCAGCUCUCUGUUUUACUGAAGGAUCUACUGAAGGAUCCACACUGCAGACCUGAAACACUUCUGCUCAGUGAGUGUAAUCUGACAGAGAAAGGAUGUUCAGCUCUGCUCACAGCUCUCAGAUCAGAACACUCCACCCUGAAGGAGCUGAAUCUGAGUAAGAACAGGAUUCAGGAUUCAGGAGUGAAGCUGCUCUCUGAGGAACUGAAGAAUAAACUCUGUAAACUGGAGACUCUGAGACUAAUGGACAAUAAUAUCAGAGAGGAAGGAUACACUGCUCUGGCUGAAGCUCUGAAAUCAUCUCACCUGAUAGAGCUGGAUCUCAGAGGGAACGACCCUGGAGCAUCAGGACUGAAGGAGCUUAGGAAUUUAAUGAAUGAUAAGAAGUGUAAACUGAAGACACUGAGGUUGUUGAAAAGUCCUGAUGCAGAGGAAGCCUACACGUGUCUUACUAAAAUGUUCAGUAAAAACCCCUUACUGCACACGGAGCUGGAUCUGAACAACAAAACACCAAGAGACGUGAAAGUGAAGCAGCUUUCAGCUCUGCUGCAGGAUCCACAUUACAGACUGCAGAAACUUAGGUUGUAUAAAGGAGACAGUAUGACAGAUGAAGACUGUUCACAUGUGAUUUCUGCUCUGGUUUUAAACCCUUCACACCUGAGAGAUCUGAAUCUGAACAGGAAUAAACCAGGAGAGUCUGGACUGAGAAAUCUGUGUGAUUUCCUGAAGAAUCCUGAAUGUAAACUGCAGACACUAAAACUAUGGAAGAGUAUAAAAGGGAAAUCCUGUGCUGAUUUGUCUUCAGCUCUCUGUACAAAUCCAUCACACAUCAGAGAGCUGGAUCUGAGUGAGUGUGAACUGGGAGACUCAGGAGUGGAGAAGCUCUGUGAUCUACUGAAGAAACACGAGUGUAAACUGGAGACACUGCGACUAUGGAACAGUGUAAGAGAGAAAUCCUGUGCUGAUUUGUCUUCAGCUCUCUGUACAAAUCCAUCACACAUCAGAGAGCUGGAUCUGAGUGAGUGUGAACUGGGAGACUCAGGAGUGGAGAAGCUCUGUGAUCUACUGAAGAAACACGAGUGUAAACUGGAGAAACUGCGGUUAAAGAAGUGCGGAAUAACAGAUGGAGGUGCUGCUGCUCUGACUGGAGCUCUGAGGUCAAACUCCUCACAUCUGAAACAGCUGGAUCUGAGAGAGAAUAAACUAAAAGAUUCAGCAGUAGAGCAGCUCUCUGAGAUACUGAAAGGUUCAGGAGGACAGCUGGAGUAUGACGGGGAGACAUGGUUACAAAAAGGAUGGAAUUGGUGGACUGGUAAUAAGUCUGAUAAACAGCCGAUUUCAGAACCUGACUCCUCUACAGUAAAGACUAAAGAAAAAGAUGGAGAAAAGAAAGACACACAGCGGGGAGAAAGCAGUGUGGAUUUGGACAGCUGUAGGACAGACACUGACCUCAGAAGUCCAGAGACUUCAGUUCAUAUAACAUCAGAGGACAGUACAGUAGGACACAUGUCACAAACAAGUAAUGAACCAAAGAAACAAGAAAAGGACACAAAAAAAACCCUAAAACCUCAUAAAAGGUACUAGAUAAUGACACCAAUUUAAUCUAACUCAGUGAUGAAGGACAGAAGACGCCUCAGCAGACAGGGACACUCUAAUCCUACUAGAAAACUGGACCAGAAUUUCUUUGUAAAGUUUCUUUGUGCUGUAAAAUGUUUUGUCUGUGCUGCAGUCUGAAUGAUGAGAGUUAAAACAUUACUUUUAUAAUCUACUGUUUAAAAUGAUAUCAAGAAAAACCCUACAAUACAUUUUAAAGACCAUAAAACUAUAAAUAAAUAUCAAAUUAAAGGGCUCUGUUCAAUUUCAUAAUGAGCCACAUUGGUCCAUUACUGGUCACCAGUUAGCAGCUAGCUAGUGGUUUUUCUCACUGCUAGACAUACGAGAGGACAGAGAGAUUUAUUAUAGAGCUCAAGUGACAGUAUUGUAAAAGCUGCAGUGAAAAAGCCCCAGUUUAUUCUCCUGCUAUAGUAAACCCUACAAACUACAAAACACCUCUGGUACGUAAAAGCAGAAAUAAACCCAGAGAGACUUUUCCAUGAGGGAAUAAGGCUUCAGUCUCACACUUACAGUCUCACUCAUACUCCCAUUUCACCAACAUGCUGCCUGCCUUCUCUACAAGGGUCUGAUAACUAAUAAUGACAUUUGUUUAUUUUAAAUGGAAGUGUAACUGGAUUAGACUUUUUUCACUGACAGAAGUUAAACAUUCUAGUGAAUUAAAUCAGCUUCAAUUAUAUUUCCAUUUAAUAGAUUUGGUCCCAGACAAAUGAUACACUUUUCCCAUUGAGUGAGAGAUUUUGCUGAUGUGGCAUUUUCCUGUACAGAAUAAUAUUGUGUUAUUAAUAUGGAAAUAUAUUCAGUCUGGAGAUCUGUUUAUGGAACCAGACAAAAGACUGAACAAUAAAAUAUUGUUAAACCCCAGCAAUAUGCUGAUUUAAUGACCAGUCCUUUUUAUAAUGGCUAUUUGUUAAAGAUGUGAAGGACUUUAUGCUUUUGUUAUUUUAAAAUAGUGUUGAACUGACGUGGUUUAGAACUGAACUGAAUGAGAUGAAUGAG